AUGAGAAUAUUCAGCUGCUACUUCUGCUCAUCAAGUAUAUAUCCCGGCCAUGGGUCAGUCUUUGUGCGAAAUGACGGGGCAGAGUUCAAAUUCUGCCGGUCUAAGUGCGUAAAGAACUUUAAGCUAAAGAGAAACCCAAGAAGAGUCGCAUGGACCAAGACAUACAGAAAAGUCCGAGGAAAGGACUUGGUCAACGAUUCGUCCCAAGAGUUCGAAAAGAGAGUACACGAGCCUAUCAUCUACAACAAAGAAGUGUACGAGAAGGUCGUGCAGAGCAUGCCAAAGAUAGCAGCAAUAAGACACGCCAGAGAAGCCUUCCAUAUUAAGAACAGAAUACUCACUGGAAAAGAAAAGAUGGUUGAGGAUGAAAGAGUGUUCAUUGUGAAGAAUCUUGAUGCCCUGACAGAAGACGAAAGAAUGCGUGAGAACCUUGAAAGAAAGAGAAAGAUAAGAGAGACUCUUAAGAUGCCAUUUGAAUAA